GCUGGGAUCCAUCAACCGAGUUUGGAAAUAGGAGACACCUAUCCGUUCCAACUUGAACCGAACUGAAUUUGCCCGUCAAAUCUCACACGAUUUAAUUUUACAUAUGAAAUGGACUAUAAUUAACAGCGACACUUAUGAGCUUUAAGGACGUAUUUUCGAGAGAGGAUUAAACGCUUUCAAAACGGACAAAAGUGAUCCAACUCUCGCCCUUCGAGGAUGUCGGUUCAAGUCUGCUUGCGUCUUCUUCCGAGUGCCCGCUGCCUUUUUGACGAGCCCGUCUAUGUGAAGGUGGGCGGUCUGGGGUCCAGUCAGGUGGUCACCCUGAGGGCCCAGGCCACCGAUGAGCGAGGGGUGGUCUUCCGCUCGAUGGCCAUCUACCGGGCAGAUGGCAACGGGGAGGUGGACCUCUGCCGGGAUGCCGCCCUGUGUGGCACCUAUGAAGGGGUUGAGCCCAUGGGUCUGCUAUGGUCGAUGCGGGCAGCUGCCCCCCACAAGUACUUCCACUGGACUAAGGCGGUCACUCCUCACAUGGUCAGGUUUUCAGUGCAUGACGGUGUGGAUAUGGAGGAGGAGGAGCAGGGGGGUGCUCUGGCGGAGGCUACCAACGAGAGGGUCCUAAUGGCAGAGGGCGUCACACGGGAGGUCGUCAGCCUCGGGAGGUGCAGCGCAGUGUUGUUUACACCACCAGGUGAAGGCUUGUUCCCGGGAGUGCUGGAUUUGUCCUCUUUCGCGUCGGAGAAGCGACCCAGCCUCUUGGCCAAUAAAGGUUUCGUAGUUCUGAGUGUGGGGCUUUUCUAUGACAAACCUGCCAAAGUCAAGCACAUGGAGCUGGACUAUUUAGAGGAAGCUCUUCGUCUUUUACAGCAACACCCCAAGGUGGGCAGUGAUGGUUUGGGUGUGAUUGGGCGAUCCAAAGCGGGUGACAUCGCCCUAUCCCUGGCAUCCUUCGUGCCCGGCGUGCGAGCAUUGGUGUGGAUAAAUGCCUGCAGCGCCAACAUAGGAGUCCCCCUACACUACCGCGGCCAAAGGGUCCUCUCCCCGUUGAGUGUGGACUCAAGCAAGAUAAUACCCACUUCGGAUGGUGCCAACAUUAUCAAAUUUGGCACCGGUGACCCCAAUGACAAAGCGAACAGGAGCAGCCGUAUCCCCGUGGAGAAAGCCAACGCACACUUCCUAUUCCUGGCUUCUGAGGAUGACCUCAACUACAAUAGCCGGGCCUACAUGGAGAGCCUGGCAGCCAGACUAAGGCAAGCUGGGAAUAACAACAUAGAGAGUGUAUGCUACCCGCGGGCUGGACACCUCUUGGAGCCACCCUAUGGGCCGUACUGCCAUUCCGGUCUGCACGGGUUUCUGCGCAUCCCCGUCAAGUGGGGUGGCGAGCCAAGGGCUCACGCCUGUGCCGAGGUGCUCGCCUGGAGGAAAAUGGAGGAGUUCUUGAGAAGCCGACUAAACUGCCAACACGCCGAGACAAAAGCGAAAUUGUAAACUGAAAGAUGCUAAAUGAUCAAAAAAUCAUAUUCAGUCAUUGAAUGCACUAUCAACAUCCAUCCAUUUUCUGUGCCACUUCUGCUUGUGGGGUGCUUGAGCCUAUCCCAGCUGACCAUGGGAAGUAGCAGACUCAGCCGAGGUACGUGCUAUCAUGUCUGGCGACAAUGUCGGCCAAUUGCAGGCCAAGAAUAGUUGAAAAAACAUUCAUAAUCACAGUCACUUUUAUGGGCAAUUUAUAGGGUGUGACUGACUGAUCAUGAACAAUUUUGACAUGUGGGAAGAAUGCAAUUGCAGGCCAAGAAUAGAUGAACAAACAUUCAUAUUCAAAGUCACUUGUAUGGGCAAUUUAUAGGGUGUGGCUGACUGAUCAUGCACAAUUUUGGCAUGUGGGAACAGAGGCGUCGCGCCCCAUUAGGCAAACCAUGCAACUGCCUAGGGCCCCAAGCCAGCAGGGGCCCCCAGAGGGCCAACAGAUUUAGCACACGCAGCUUUACUGCACUGUCCCAGCGACAAGUGCGACAGUGCCUGUGAAAGCCUUGUGUCUGAGUUCCCUGAAGGGGCCCCUUCACUCGCUCUACACUGCCCCUCCCCUCCCUUACGUGACUCAGAGUGAGAGUGAGCGGCGAAUUGUUUUUUUUUUUUUUUUUUUUUUAAAUUGGCGUCUCUCCAAAAUGAAGAGAAGUUAUCCUUCUGGAAGCGACAAAAGAAAGGAAAAAAAAAAGCAUAAGAGAAAAGGAAGCAAUACAGCGGUGACUGUACUAUGUUACUGUAGUUUUAUGUCCUAAUGUAGUAGAAGCUGGGCACUUUGAGUGUCCUAAAAAGUGCUCUAUGAGACCGAGGCGUUAUUAGAUUUUUAUUAAAUAUGCUAUUGCUCCAA